UGAGGCUGGCAGUCUGGCUGAAGGAGAACCAGAGAAAAAGGAGGACAGAAAGCAGGAGUGACAAACAAGAAGAGGAGAAACUGGAGAGAAGGAGAAAAAGGAGGAAAGAACAGAGCAAAGAGGAGCAGGAGGGAGGAGGAAGGAGGAGAAACUGACUGGACUGUGACACCAUCACCAGAGGGGGUGGAGCUAGAGGAUAUGGCGCUUCAGCUCUGCAGCUGUUGGACUUUGCAUCUUUGCAUCUUUGUCUUCCUGCUAAGAAAUAUUUCUUCUGCCCCGUCUUCACGAUACAUCCUGAACCACAACAAACUCAGCUUCAACAAUGCCGCUAAGAAGUGUCCCGGCGGCAGUGUCCUCACCACCAUCGCCACCCAACAGGAAGUGGAUGAAAUCCUCAAGCUCAUCUUCAAAUCAGAGCCGUUACAGAACGGGUUCACCUUCUGGGUCGGGCUGAGAAUCACCAGCUCAGAGUGUAUAGACAGGUCCAAGCCACUGAGGGGAUUCAAAUGGUUAGAGAACAACAGUGAGGAGUCAGAGGUGAGCCAAUGGGCGGAGGACCCAGAACAUACCUGUACCACAGACCGGUGUGUUGCACUGAAGGGACAGUUUGAUGGGUUGAAUGUGACCUGGGGUCUGAUUCCUUUAAACUGCCAUAAGGACAAAAACGCUUUUAUCUGCAAAGUGAAGGAUGGGGACACCACCAUCAAGCUAGGAUCAGAACAACCUCCACCUGGGGAUACACCCACAAAACCACCUCCACCUGAGGACACACCUACAAAACCACCUUCACCUGAGGACACACCUAUAAAACCAUCAAAACCAAAGCGUGAACCUGGAUUUAUUAAUGACUCUCAUUCCGCAGAGCUGCGUUCAUGCCAGCGCCCCUCUAUCCCUGAGGCUCGCUCACUCAAAAUGCUCUCGGGUAACACGAAGAUCCAGGUGCAGUGCUGGUCCUCCGUUAGUUUUGACCUGGUCUGCUCCGGAGAACCCACCGUGUGGCGACUGGAGAAUGGAGCCCUGGCCAACAUCACUGCCAUCAAAAUAGAGUGUGCCAACGCCACACAGAAAGAGGAAGACUCUGUCUUGCGGUUGACCAUCCUGCUCCCGGUGCUGAUAGCCACGGGGGUGCUGGUGUUUCUGCUGGUGGUCAUCGCGGUGACGGUGAAAUGCUACCUGAACAGGCGGUCAAAGAAACGGGCCAUAAAGAAGGCGGAGAAGAUGGAGAUGAAAAGCAAAAACAGGAAAGAUUCCUUCUCAUUGGCCUAAACAGCCUAAUCGACCAAUGAGAAGCCACUGACACAAGGGAACAGAGCUGUGAUUGGCUGUGUUUAGUUACAAAGUUGUUGAUUGUUUUUCAAUUAUUGAACAUUUUGAAGGCUUUUACCUGUCUGUGGACUUACAGGCUCAAAAUAACCCCUGAAUUCUGUCUGCCAGGCUGAAACCCACAAACUGUUCACAGGUAAAUGUUCUUGAGUUCGUUAUUGGUUCAUUUAGAAAAGAUCAAUAAAUUAAAAACUGAGUUAACGUCUGAUCAGUUUCUUCUAAAUGACCCAAUAAAAUUCACUCGUUCUGUCUAGUAGCAGAACAAAUUGUUUAAAUACUUUUAAAUUCAUUUCACUGAUCAUUUAAAUUCACCUGUUUAAAUAUUAUUCUUUAUUUAAGGACAGAAUAUAGUUAAUCUGUAUUUCACUUCACUAUAAAUGUUUAAACAAAAGGUAAUUUCACUGCUGAAUGACAUGGAAGUUAACUUUACUUUGAAAAACUGAUGGUUUGGCUCAAUCUGCUGAUUUCCUGUUUUUGAGUAAUCUUUGAAUUAAACAGAACUUUAUUAAUCUUUGUUACCUGA